AUGCCGCGGAAUGUGCCAGGGACCGGGUGGUGGGUGUUUACCAUUUCUGGCUGGGAGCUCGGGGGUGCUGAUAACGGCACCAUGGUUGGUUGCUCCUGGAGUCCUGGGUCCCGAAUGUUACCUGUGUCCGCUUGGAAAGAGUGGGUGCGAUUCGUGCGUAAGGGUUUCUUUGCACUUCUCCAGAAAGACUAUGAGAAAGAUCAACUGAAGGAGAAAGAGGAUGAGCAGGCGAAGUCAAAGGUUGAUCGCUUUGCUGGUUAUAAGAGUAUUUGCCUCUUUGGAUUGGGUUCUCUGUUUUGGGGGAGUGCCACGGGCUUUCUUGGGCAACUAAAAGAGAAGGAUGAGAAAGCCGGCAAGGCUCCAAAUCCUACUGCAUGGAUGAAUUUCUGCUUUGCAUACUCGGCUUUUGCACUUCUGUUCAUGCUUCUCGGCGUCGCUGCAUCUACUUUUCCAAAGUCAUCCUGGUUCGCCCCAUCUCUCGCUGGUUUUGGAAGUUUACAGGCUCUAAUUUUAGUCUUGGGGGGCUUCCAUGUGGCAUCCCUCAAAUACCAUUCCUAUAAUGAAGAGGCAAAGUACUCAAUGAUUGGGUCCAGUAUACUUAUCACAAUCUACUGGGGCCUGAGCGUUCAAGAUCCUAUGAUCCUUCACUUCGUGGUGAAACUGAUUUUUUGGCUACCUAGCUUUAUGGUCUAUGGAGUGUUCAUGGGUGUCUGCAAGGUUUGGCAGUAUGGCGAACUCGCUUGGACAAAGGUGCUCUCUCUGAAAAGCACUUUGAUGGCUUGGAACCACACAGUAAAUGACUAUCAACAUCUGCCUCAAACAGUCAGUUCCUCUGGUGCUUCCCUGAAGGGCUUUAGGUAG